CGCCGUUUCAAAACAUCCAACUCUUGGUGUUUAAAGAAAUAUCCCCAAGCACGUGGCGGCGCUUAGAUGUGAAGGAGAGCGGCGUGUGGAGACGGAGGGGUGUGGUGGAUCGGAUCGGACCCCGCCGCGCUGGCAAGGGAGGCGAUGUGUCGGAGGGACUAUUUGUGAGCGGCGGGCUUUGUGUGAGUGAGGCGGUGCCAGGCUCGGUGGAGCGGCCGCUCGGGUACGCGCCGUCUGUUGUCUGCGGCCCUGCCCCUGCCCGAGCCCAGGCUGGCAACCUACAGGGAGGGACGAACGGACAAGCGCUGACUCGCCUGUCGUUGGGGUAGUUCCCCGAGACCCGGCCGUGCGUGGUGGUCGUGGCGAGGCCGCAACAGCAGCAGGCCGCGUACGACGCUGAGUCUACCCCGGCCCCCGGGCCGCUCUUUGUGUCCGAACCGCUCACUUGCCCGCUGGUGUCAGACCGCAGUCAUGUGGAUUUUUUCCGAGUUCAUCCCGCCGCCCGAGUGCCCGGUGUUCGAGCCGAGUUGGGAAGAAUUCAGCGAGCCGCUAGCCUACAUCAAUAAGAUCAGGCCUAUCGCCCAGAGGAGCGGCAUCUGCAAAAUUCGCCCUCCUAAGGACUGGCAACCGCCUUUCGCUUGUGAAGUGAAAAACUUUCACUUCACACCACGAAUUCAACGACUCAAUGAGCUGGAGGCACAGACCCGAGUGAAGUUGAACUUUCUAGAUCACAUUGCAAAAUUCUGGGAUCUGCAGGGAUCCACGCUGAAAAUCCCACAUGUUGAGAGGAAAAUGUUGGAUUUGUACACACUCAGUAAGGUCGUCGCAAGUGAGGGUGGAUUUGAAUUGGUGUGUAAAGAAAAGAAAUGGUCCAAAGUGGCUAGUCGAAUGAGUUAUCCACAAGGAAAAGGCAUUGGCUCACUUUUGCGAUCCCACUACGAGAGAAUUCUAUAUCCAUAUGAACUGUUUCAGUCAGGAGCCAGUCUCUUGACUUCUGGAAGUGCCUCUGUGCGUAUCUUCCCUGACUCUGUGAAAAACUUGAAUCAGGGUGACUCUUCUGAAGAUGAUUUUGCCAGAAACACAGAAUUGCGGAAGCUGCAGAUCUUCGGUGCUGGUCCCAAAAUGUUGGGUCUUGGUCUCAGGACAAAGGACAGAGAGGAUGAGGAAUUUUCAGUAACCGUAAAGUCGAUGGGACAUAAGAAAAGUGCGGAAUCACAAUUCCCUCGCAUGCAGAUGAGACAGCGGAAAGGAGCAUUGGCGGUAAACUUUAUUGACCUGUAUGUUUGUCUUGUAUGUGCACGUGGGGAUGAUGAAGAACGUUUACUUUUAUGUGACGGAUGCGAUGACAGUUACCACACAUUCUGUCUCAUUCCUCCUCUUAUGGAUGUGCCAAAGGGAGAUUGGAGAUGUCCAAAGUGUGUGGCUGAGGCUUGCAGCAAGCCCCCGGAGGCAUUUGGUUUUGAGCAGGCAGUCAGGGAGUACACUCUCCAGAGCUUCGGUGAGAUGGCAGAUAACUUCAAGUCAGAUUAUUUCAACAUGCCAGUACAUAUGGUCCCAACGGAGCUGGUGGAGAAGGAAUUCUGGCGACUUGUCAGUAGCAUUGAGGAGGAUGUUAUUGUGGAGUAUGGUGCUGACAUCACAUCAAAGGAAUUUGGCAGUGGAUUCCCAAUCAAAGAGAACAGAAGGAGGCUGUUACCUGAAGAGGAGGAAUAUGCUAAUUCGGGGUGGAAUUUGAACAACAUGCCGGUCUUGGAGCAGUCUGUAUUGACUCACAUCAACGCUGACAUCUCUGGAAUGAAGGUUCCUUGGCUUUACGUGGGAAUGUGCUUCUCUUCCUUCUGCUGGCAUAUUGAAGACCACUGGAGCUACUCCAUUAACUUUCUGCACUGGGGCGAACCGAAGACGUGGUAUGGGGUGCCGGGAUAUGCUGCUGAACAACUUGAACUUGUAAUGCGGAAGCUGGCUCCAGAGCUCUUCCAUUCUCAACCAGACCUGCUGCAUCAACUGGUGACCAUCAUGAAUCCUAAUAUUCUUAUGGAGCACGGGGUUCCGGUGUUCCGAACAAAUCAAUGUGCUGGUGAGUUUGUGGUUACUUUCCCGAGAGCUUAUCACAGUGGAUUCAACCAGGGAUACAACUUUGCAGAAGCAGUGAAUUUCUGUACUGCAGAUUGGCUCCCCAUGGGUCGGCAGUGUGUCAGCCAUUAUCGGCGCCUGCACCGAUACUGCGUGUUUUCACAUGAAGAACUGAUCUGCAAAAUGGCAGCUGAUCCAGAGGGUUUGGAUGUUGAGUUAGCAGCUGCUGUCUACAAAGAGAUGCUGACGAUGAUUGAGGAGGAGAGGCAACUGAGGAAGACAGUCUUCCAGAUGGGUAUAAUUGAUUCUGAACAGGAGGCAUUCGAGUUGUUACCAGAUGAUGAGCGGCAGUGCGAGACAUGUAAGACGACAUGCUUCCUGUCUGCUGUUACAUGCAUCUGUGACCCCAGUAGGCUGGUGUGCCUUUAUCACGUUAAAGAUCUUUGCAGCUGUCCAGUGAAAAAACGUUGUCUCAGGUACCGUUAUACACUGGAUGAGCUACCAUCUAUGCUUUAUGGGGUGAAAGAACGAGCCCAGUCGUAUGACACCUGGGUGAGUAAAGUGGGAGAAGCCUUGGAAGCGGAACUUAAUCACAAGAAAGAUCUUUGUGAACUGAAAACUCGGUUGGAUGAGGCGGAAGACAAGAAAUUCCCUGAGAAUGACCUGCUGCGACAGCUGCGAACUGCUGUGAAAGAGGCAGAAACCUGCGCGUCCAUCGCCCAACUGCUGGUCAGCAGAAAGCAGCGUACCAGAUCAAAACCAGAGAGUGGAAAAACUCGCACAAAGCUAACUGUCCAUGAGUUGAAAGCAUUUGUGCAGCAAUUGUACAGCCUGCCUUGUCUCAUUAGCCAAACUCGACUGGUUAAGGAGCUGCUGGACAGCGUCGAAGAAUUCAAUGAACGUGGCAAAGAGGCUUUGUCUGAUAAGAUUCCUGAUUCGUCUAAGUUGCAAUUAUUAAUAGAACUGGGGUCUGAGUUGGAUGUGGAGUUGCAAGAACUGCCCAAACUGAAACAGCAUCUCCAGCAGGCUCGCUGGCUUGAUGAAGUUAACCUCACCCUCUCAGACCCUGACAGAGUUAUGUUGGACACGAUGAAGAAACUUAUAGACUCUGGUAUUGCCCUGGCACCACAUCCUGCAGUGGAAAAAGCAAUGGCUGAUUUACAGGAGCUCUUGACUGUAUCUGAACGAUGGGAAGAAAAGGCCAAAGUUUGUCUACAAGCCAGGCCAAGGCAUGGUAUGGUGACGCUGGAUGGUAUUAUCAACGAGGCGAAGAACAUUCCCGCAUACCUGCCUAAUGUCCUGGUUCUUAAGGAAGCUCUGCAGAAAGCCAAAGACUGGAUGGCCAAAGUGGAAGUAAUUCAGAAGGGAUCAUGCAAUGCAUAUCUGGAUCAACUGGAAAGUCUGUUAGCAAAAGGUCGCCCUAUCCCAGUACGGCUUGAUCCACUUCCACAAGUGGAGUCCCAGGUGACCGCAGCUCGAGCAUGGAGAGAGCGAACUGGUCGAACCUUUCUGAAGAAGAACUCCACCUGCACGCUGUUACAGGUGCUGAGUCCCAGGACAAAUAUUGGAAUAUACAGCAGUGGAAAGAAUAAACGGAAAAAACUGAAAGAAUUAAUGAAAGACCGAGAGCUAGAUUUGGAGAGCGUAAGUGACUUAGAAGAGCUGGUUGAAGAAUCCAGUGAUCCAAAUGCAGUUAUUGCAAGCUUCCGAGUAAUGGAACAGAAAGAAUGUGAAGCCAUGCAUGCUCUGAGGGCAGCAAAUUUAGCUAAAAUGGCAUUGGUGGAGCGUAUUGAAGAGGUAAAGUUUUGUAUAUGCCGGAAGAUAGCCAGUGGGUUUAUGCUUCAGUGUGAACUUUGUAAAGACUGGUUUCACAGCACUUGUGUUCCGCUUCCAAAAACUGGCACACAGAAGAAAGGACUGGGUUGGCAAACUAAAGAAGUGAAAUUCUUGUGCCCAUUGUGCAUGCGUUCCCGACGACCACGACUAGAGACCAUUCUCUCGCUCCUCGUCUCGCUUCAGAAGCUUUCAGUCCGUUUGCCAGAAGGAGAUGCCUUGCAAUGCUUGACAGAGAGAGCAAUGAGUUGGCAAGAUCGAGCUAGGCAAGCCUUAGCUACAGAUGAACUGUCUUCUGCACUUGCCAAGUUGUCUGUUCUAAGCCAACGAAUGGUGGAACAGGCAGCAAGAGAAAAGACAGAGAAGAUUAUUAGUGCUGAACUGCAGAAGGCGGCAGCCAAUCCAGAUUUACAGAUUUUAAUCUCUUUACAGGAGCAUUUACAGAGUGUUCAGCAGUCGGCCUUCAGCAGAGCCAUGGGGAGUUUGGCUCCCUCACCCAGAAAAUCUCUCGAGUUAGAUGAGGAGGAAACAGAUUCUGAUGAUGAUGUCAGAGAAGCAUAUCGCUAUGAGAAAAAAGAUGGUGCAAGCAGUGUCUCCUCUGGUAGCAUGGAGCCAAACCUGUUCUGUGAUGAAGAGAUUCCAAUAAAAGCAGAGGAAGUGGUGUCACACGUUUGGCCAGCUGCUCCUUCUUUCUGUGCAGAACAUGCAUAUUCUUCAGCGUCAAAAUCUUUUUCACAAGGUUCAGGAACUCCUCGGAAGCAACCCCGUAAGACACCAUUAGUGCCACGCAGCUUGGAGCCUCCUGUUCUGGAGUUGUCACACAGUGCAAAAGUUCAGCUCGAGGAGUUAAUGAUGGUGGGAGAUCUUCUGGAAGUGUCCCUUGAUGAGACGCAGCAUAUUUGGAGAAUACUCCAGGCUACGCACCUUCCUGCCGAAGACAGAUUUCUGCAGAUACUGGAGGAUGAUGGCCCAGAGGAGAAAGCUUUCCGAAUUAAAGUCAAGGAUUCUUCUGACAAAAAACGAAAGCGAAAACUGGAAAAAAAUGAACUGUUCUUGGGAGAGAGCAAGAAGCUAAAGGAGCUGAGAAAGUUUGACAAGCCGAAAAAGAAAAAGCUAAAACUGAACCUUGAGAAAAUAAAAGAACAGAGCAAACUAGUGAAAAAAUUAGGCAAAGAGGAUAAAGACAGAGAGAAGAAGAGGAAAGAGAAAUCCAAAGAGAAUGCUGAGAAAAUGUUGGAAAAGAAAGAAAAGAAACUGAUGUUACCGGCUCGGGAAGAUUGGUCUGCAACAGAGGACUCGGAGGAUGAAAAUGCUGUUUGUGCUGCAUUGAAUUGUCAGCGUCCCUGUGGAGAAGAGGUUGACUGGGUGCAGUGCGACGGAGGCUGCGACGAUUGGUUCCAUCAGGUGUGUGUGGGUGUCUCCUCUGAGAUGGCAGAGAAUGAGGAUUAUAUCUGUACUACAUGUGCCAGGCUAGUGCCUCCUGGCAUUAGAGCAGCUGGGCUGCCUGGACCAUAUGCAGGCACGUCGUUCUUGGAAGAUUCGAAGGACAGCAGCUAGUCCCAUGCCUUUUAUGGAAACUACUGUCGAGCUCUUGGGCUGAAAGGCGACUCCUGUCAGAACUGACGUGAACAGAAAACCCUUGCACGCUGCAUUUUUAAUGAGGGGCACGAAACAUAUGGUUAAGAUUAGGAUUGUGAAACUGCUGUCAGAAACACCUCUCAGACUUCAUAGUGUUUGAAAAGACACCUGUUUGGAUUUGGAGGAAUCUGGGGCACAGGAAUGAGCGGAGGAACAGUCAAGUUGAACAGGCAAGUUGAAGUGGUGAGGGGAAGCCUCAGUGGCUUCUGUUAGACAUCCCUAUCAGGCAUGCAGAACCCCUUCUCCAGCUCAAGAAAGAAGGCCAGAAUUUAAUUAGUUUUAAGUCCUUUUUUUGGUAACAAAUUUUAAUUAUAUUGGGGUUUGAAGUUGGACUUCUUUGUUGAAUUGUUCAUACUUUGAUGAGCUUUAAAGCAGGCCCUUUAUUUAAAAGUGUAGGACAUCUUGCGGUUUAGUGUUGGCAGCUCUUAACAACUGUAAAUGACUUUUCUGCACAACUUGGACUCUGUUAUUGCAUAACCAAGUAGACUAUACAGAGAUGCUACUAUGUACAGAGUGCCCUUGUUGAACAAGGGACCAAUAAUACCUCUAAACAGUUCACAGGUGAGAUCACAUUUAACGGCAUACGUGCACCAAUUAUGCCUUCUGACCCAGCUAAACUAAAGAGGACAAACAUAUUCUUCCUAAUUCCUCAGUGAUUUUAAGUAUUUAUGCUUGUUUUGCUGUAAAAUACUACGCUGUAAGACUCUGUCAAUGUUUGUUUUUAUUUAUCAAUUUUUUCCCUUAUAAACUUAUUUGGCAGGGUGGAGAAUGUCAGUUUUUCUGCCUAUGUAAUGUGUAGCAAGAUAUAACCUCCAUCCAAGUCUGAGGAUUACUCACUUGUUGCAAGUUCAAACCAAUAUAGCAACUAAAACAACUGGUUGAUUUCCAUUUUUUGCUGUAAAUUUUUAUGUUGUUUUCUGAAAAUGGGAAGAACAAAAUGUACAUCACACUUGAAUCCUUUGGCCAGUUGCCUCCAAACUGAUGCUAAGAAGUCUAACUUUUUGAAUGAAGAAUUUUUUCAUGUGGGUUUUGUCUCCAUUUAUUCAAAUUAAAGGGAGACAUGCUUUUGUACAUUUAAACAAGUUCCAUUUUAAUGUCAGAGCUGGUACUUGUGCCUAUUUAUUCUGAGUGCUGGUCAACAUCGUAUCUCUUUCAUUCCCAUUAAACAUCAUAUCUAACUGCA